GCGGAGGAAACCCUGUGCCAGGAGCAGCCAUCUUGGAUAGACAGAUCAUACUUGAGCCAGGAUAACCUGCAUACCUCCUCUGAACAGCUCCAGAUCACAAGGCUCAAAAGACUUAGUUUCUGAGCCACAAUGGCCACUGCACCGUACAACUACUCCUACAUUUUCAAAUACAUCAUUAUCGGGGACAUGGGAGUAGGGAAGUCAUGUUUGCUUCACCAGUUCACAGAAAAGAAAUUCAUGGCAGACUGCCCCCAUACGAUCGGUGUGGAGUUUGGUACAAGGAUAAUUGAGGUGAGUGGCCAGAAGAUCAAGCUGCAGAUUUGGGACACAGCGGGACAAGAGCGCUUCAGGGCCGUCACCCGCUCGUACUAUCGCGGAGCUGCAGGGGCACUCAUGGUCUACGACAUCACCAGGAGAAGCACAUACAACCACCUCAGCAGUUGGCUGACCGAUGCUCGAAACCUCACCAACCCCAAUACUGUGAUCAUUCUCAUAGGAAACAAAGCAGAUUUAGAGGCCCAGAGGGACGUCACAUAUGAGGAAGCGAAGCAGUUUGCUGAGGAGAAUGGUCUGUUGUUUCUGGAAGCCAGUGCAAAAACAGGUGAAAAUGUUGAGGAUGCCUUCUUGGAAGCUGCUAAGAAGAUCUACCAGAACAUCCAAGAUGGUAGCCUGGACCUGAAUGCUGCCGAGUCAGGGGUCCAGCACAAGCCCUCAGCUCCUCAAGGCGGCCGGCUAACCAAUGAACCACAGCCCCAGAGAGAAGGCUGCGGGUGCUAAUGACCAAGCAAACCCCCUUCAUCCUCUCUUCCUCUCUCUUUCUCCCCCUCCCAUCUGUCCUGCCCACCCUCCCCCAACCAUCCUCCCCUCCAUCCAUUCCUCUACCUCUGUGUGUUCAUCUACCCUCACUGCCCCAGGAGCUGCAUGAGAGCAGGACUGCGGAGGGAAGGAACGGGGGACAUAUCAACUUAAGCCAGACUGAGCUGGGCUAUGUGGACUACAUUUCUCCCCUCCUCUUCUUCCUUUGUCGCUGUGUUUUGUUGUCGUCCCAUAACUCUCCUCUUUGGCUCCCCUCUACUUGUCUUGCACUGUUCAGUCUAGUUCCCCUUGUCGUAGUAACAGAUAUCGCCACACAUUACACGGGUUACUGGGUUACUGACACUUUACAUAGAUGUAAUGUUCAUACGAUUAUGAUAAAUUGACUUUUUUAUGUUUGAUUUUUAUAGCUACAUGCAAACACUGCAUUGUUUCAUCCACCACUGAUCAGUUUUGUAUGAAUGAGAAUCUUAUUUAUGUCAUUAUUAGAAUCUAAAAUAUAUUCCCAUAGUCCUGCAUGGUUGACCAGUCCAGCAUUUUAUCGAGAUGUGGGUGGAUAUCUCACUCGUGGUUGAUUUGGGCAGUGAAGGCAAUGAAAUAAUGUAUCAUGCAGCCACACAGACAGAGGCUGAGCGUUUUCAGCGGGACUCGGCCCUGCUUAUGGCUUUUUAAUUCUGUUUCUGCUGCUUGGCACAAAGCAAACUCCUUUGCCACAUGUGGCAACUGAUGUUCUCAGGAGAGGAAGGAAAACUCUUUUCGGGGAUAUAACAGGAAGGAAUAUUAGGUAUUUUCUAGCUUGUCUGUGUGUUAAGAAAUUGGACAGGAUUUUUUUUUUUUUGACACUUUAACCCUCCUACCCCACCCCCCAAAAAGAUUCACAUUGUUUUUUUUGCACCUAGUCGUCUCCUCCUCACCGAUCUGACCCCAGAACUCUCUCCCCUGGCUCAUAUAAACAGAUUCUUUAGCAUUUAUGUCAUUGUUUCUUGCCUUAUUGUAAUUGUUUUCUCUUUAAUCUUUGUGUUGUUGCACUUACUCUUCACACUACUGUUGGACUUUUCAGAUGUACAAACGGUCAGCACUCCUUUUAUCUCAUGUGAAGCUGCAGUGAAAAGCUCUGUUCAUUUGGGCAGUUGUUCCUCUGUCUUGUAUGACAACACCAAGCAGCAUGGCUCUCACUUCCAAAACAUAACAUUGUCAAAUCCAAUUGUUUUUUAUUUUAAGUAUAAUUUUUCUGUACCAUAGCGAUACCCUGACUGGACAGCUGUAUAUAUUGCUUCUUAGCUGUUGGUGAUGAUCUUACUACUUGGGUUUUAGACACUUAUUUGCUGGCUCUGCCAAGACCUGUACAGUUGAUGUGCUAGUGGGUUGCCUGUAAUUCAUGCUUGGGGAAAUUCUGUAACAUAGUUUCUAUUAAUAAAUGUAUGUAAAGGACAGACACAAACACCGUCCCCACCCCCAACCACCCCAUCUGGACACUACUGAACUUGCCACUUGGUUGAGGGACGAGGAAGUGGAUUGAGAUGAUGUGCAAACAAAUAUUUGUCAACUUUAAUUGCUUUCAUUUCUGUGUGGAGCAGAAAAUGGGGCACUUUUGUUUAUAUAUAUUUUUUUUCAUCCUAUCAUAGCUUCUCCACAUGGGGGGGGGGCUGCAUCGCUGUCUUAACUUUUUGGGAGUGGGGAUUGGUUUGCUAUUGUGGGAAGUUGGUGGGCUGGGUUUUUUCCUGUCCCACCUCUUCGCAGUCGUAAUUGACCACUUCCUGCUUUUGUCUGUCUACAAGUACAAUAAAAAGUACAUAUGUAUAAAUUUUUAAGGAGCUGUGCUAACAUUUAAAUGCGUUCUUGCGUGUAUAUGAUUUUAAAAUGUUGACAUUUUGAUUUUAAUGACAAAAUACUCUAGACAAAAAUAAAUUAUACAUAACC